CUGACACUCCCCACAUUACGACUUUUGCCGUACAACACCCAGGGGUGUUCUACACAGUAUUGAUCGCGAUGGGUAAAGCUUCCAACAAAGCCGCGUGUCUGAAGAUACGUUUUCCGCCCCCGUUCAGUAAUAUCAGUACCGCUGCGAUCCGGACUCUCACAUCGCGACGAGCACAUCAAGCCUAAGCUUCCGUCUGAGCAGCCGGUCAGACCAAAUCCUCUCUUUGUUAGGAACAGCACAUUACCAACAUCAAGAUGGCUCCACCAGUUCACUUUUUCUCCCAUGGCUCGACGAUGAUGUUGGGCGAAGAGACCAAAUCGGCCGACUACUGGAAAGCCUGUGGUGAUGAAGCCCUCUCUCACGGCAUCAAAGGUGUCAUAAUGAUGGGCGCGCAUUGGGACGCGCGUGGCGUAAACCGUAUCGAUGUGUCAAUGAACCCGGCACCCAUAAAAUCACCCGUCGCGUACGUUCACCCGCGCAAAUACAAAGACUACGAGCUCGUCCCAGAUCUCGAGAGCGGAAAGAAGUGCAUAGCAGCGCUGCGAGAAAAGGGCAUUGACGCACGACCAAACGACACAUUUGACUGGAUCCACGACACAUACUUGAUUUUGAUUAGGAUGUUUCCCGAGAAAUGCCCACCAACGACUAUCAUCAGUAUGAAUUCGCGAUUCGAUCCGCAUCUGCACGCCCGGGUGGGUAACAUCUUGGCCAAAUUCCGUGACGAGGGCUAUCUCAUCAUUGGUACGGGUGGCGCGGUUCACAACCUUUACCGCAACCACUGGGCGCAGAUGCUCAGGUACUCGGACAACUUGGCACAACCAUACCCACCAGAGGCACCGAUGCUGGAGUUCCGCCAGAGCGUCGAGGAUGUCUUUAUCCGCUGCUGCAGGAAGGGUGCGAAAAAAGGUAGCUUGACACGUGGUAUCACGAGGUUGAUGAAGCAUCCCAUGUUCCGCGAUGCGCAUGCGACAGAUGAUCACUACAUGGCGGCAUGUUUUGUGGCUGGAGUUGUUGAUGGAAGUAAGAGGGAUAGCGACGAGUGUGUGCUCGGAGCUGAGGAUUGGGAGUUGGUGAACAUGUGCAACAGCCAGUUUACUGUUGGUAGAUGGGAAUAGAGGCUUUAGCUAGUAUACAUGCAGUUUGACUUUUAAUAUCGUUAGUGUACAUAAUUAGUGUACUAUAUUCC